AUGCCUCGACGUCAGAAAAAUCCACAACACUCCUAUGAUCAACAGCUUCAGACCUUCACUAAGUCCCAGGGUCUGGAGGUUGCACAGGUUUCCAGGGCUCUGGAGGAGACCCAUCUCUCUUCUCAUCCUCUAAUGCCUGGCAAUUUGAAGGAGGCUGCUGGCACUAGUGUAUCUGGCUUUUCUGAGAGUCCUCAGAGUUUCUAUGCAUCUGCCACUGCCUUCACACCCACCUCAUCCAGCAAAUCGGAUGAGGGCUUCACAAGCCUGGGAAAAGAGCAUAGCUCAGGUACCUCACAGGCUGUGCCAGACCCCCAGAAUGUGCCCAUAGAUGCUCUUAAUAAGGAUGUAGCUCUGGUGGUGAAUUUCCUGCUGCUCAAGUAUCAAAUGAAAGAGCCAAUAACCGAGGAAGAGAUGUUGAAGAUUGUCAACAAUUGCCAAGUCCAUUUCCCUGAGAUCCUCAUGAGAGCCUCUGAGCACAUGGAGAUCAUCUUUGGCCUUGAUCUGAAGGAAGUGGAUCCCGCCAACCACCGCUAUGACCUCCUCAUCAAAUUGGGCCUCACCUAUGAUGGGAUGCUGCAUGGUGAAGUGGGUGUGCCCAAGACCGGUUUCCUCCUACUUAUCCUGGGUGUGAUCUUCAUGAAGGGCAACCGUGCCACCGAAGCCGAAAUCUGGGAAGUUCUGAAUGUGACCGGGAUAUAUUCUGGAAGGAAGCACUUCAUCUUUGGGGAGCCCAGGAAGCUCAUCACCGAAGAUUUUGUGAAAGAAAAAUACCUGGAGUACCGGCAGUUGGCCAACACUGAUCCUGCCCAGUUUGAGUUCCUGUGGGGCCCCAGAGCCCAUGCUGAAACCACCAAGAUGAAGGUCCUGGAGUUUCUGGCCAAGGUUCAUGGGACUGACCCAAGUUCUUUCCCAUCUCAGUAUGAGGAGGCUUUGCAAGAUGAAGAAGAAAAAGCUCGAGCCAGAAUUCCAGGCAGGGCUGUCUCUCCUUCUUUGGCCACUGCAAGUUCUGGUGCCAAGACCAGUAGCUUCUCUCAUACCUAG